GGUUAAAUAGGGGUUGAGACAAGAUGCUCAGGAGAAGCGCUUUCUUUCGCGAGCACCCUGAACCAGACCAUGACCCAGACCCUCAAGUACGCCUCCAGAGUGUUCCAUCGCGUCCGCUGGGCGCCCGAGUUGGGCGCCUCCCUAGGCUACCGAGAGUACCACUCAGCACGCCGGAGCUUGGCAGACAUCCCAGGCCCCUCUACGCCCAGCUUUCUGGCCGAACUUUUCUGCAAGGGGGGGCUGUCGAGGCUACACGAGCUGCAGGUGCAGGGCGCCGCGCGCUUCGGGCCGGUGUGGCUAGCCAGCUUUGGGACAGUGCGCACCGUGUACGUGGCUGCCCCUGCACUCGUCGAGGAGCUGCUGCGACAGGAGGGACCCCGGCCCGAGCGCUGCAGCUUCUCGCCCUGGACGGAGCACCGCCGCUGCCGCCAGCGGGCUUGCGGACUGCUCACUGCGGAAGGCGAAGAAUGGCAAAGGCUCCGCAGUCUCCUGGCCCCGCUCCUCCUCCGGCCUCAAGCGGCCGCCCGCUACGCCGGAACCCUGAACAACGUAGUCUGCGACCUUGUGCGGCGUCUGAGGCGCCAGCGGGGACGUGGCACGGGGCCGCCCGCCCUGGUUCGGGACGUGGCGGGGGAAUUUUACAAGUUCGGACUGGAAGGCAUCGCCGCGGUUCUGCUCGGCUCGCGCUUGGGCUGCCUGGAGGCUCAAGUGCCGCCCGACACGGAGACCUUCAUCCGCGCUGUGGGCUCGGUGUUUGUGUCCACGCUGUUGACCAUGGCGAUGCCCCACUGGCUGCGCCACCUUGUGCCUGGGCCCUGGGGCCGCCUCUGCCGAGACUGGGACCAGAUGUUUGCAUUUGCUCAGAGGCACGUGGAGCGGCGAGAGGCAGAGGCAGCCAUGAGGAACGGAGGACAGCCCGAGAAGGACCUGGAAUCUGGGGCGCACCUGACCCACUUCCUGUUCCAGGAAGAGUUGCCUGCCCAGUCCAUCCUGGGAAAUGUGACAGAGUUGCUACUGGCGGGAGUGGACACGGUGUCCAACACGCUCUCCUGGGCUCUGUAUGAGCUCUCCCGGCACCCCGAAGUCCAGACAGCACUCCACUCCGAGAUCACAGCUGCCCUGAGCCCUGGCUCCAGUGCCUACCCCCCAGCCACUGUUCUGUCCCAGCUGCCCCUGCUGAAGGCGGUGGUCAAGGAAGUGCUAAGACUGUACCCUGUGGUACCUGGAAAUUCUCGUGUCCCAGACAAAGACAUUCAUGUGGGUGACUAUAUUAUCCCCAAAAAUACGCUGGUCACUCUGUGUCACUAUGCCACUUCAAGGGACCCUGCCCAGUUCCCAGAGCCAAAUUCUUUUCGUCCAGCUCGCUGGCUGGGGGAGGGUCCCACCCCCCACCCAUUUGCAUCUCUUCCCUUUGGCUUUGGCAAGCGCAGCUGUAUGGGGAGACGCCUGGCAGAGCUUGAAUUGCAAAUGGCUUUGGCCCAGAUCCUAACACAUUUUGAGGUGCAGCCUGAGCCAGGUGCAGCCCCAGUUAGACCCAUGACCCGGACUGUCCUAGUACCUGAAAGGAGCAUCAACCUACAGUUUUUGGACAGAUAGUCCCAUGGAAAGAGACUGUCAUCAUCACCCUUUCAUUCAUCAUAGGGAUAAGAUUUUUUGUAGGCACAAGACCAAGGUAUACAUCUUCCCCUAGUGCCUAUCUGACCAAACUGGAUAGAACCACCAUAGUGAAGUGUGAGGCGGCCCUGACCAAUGUGUGAAGUAUGCACUUGGCCUGACUCAGGAAGCCAGGUGAGAAAACCAUGGUCUGUCUGCUUGCUUGGCCCUUCUGAUCAUGUAUGCAUCCCCCAAGGAUGAAAUCAGAUUUUAACUAAUAAUGCUGGAUGGCCUGAGGAAAGAUUCAACUGCCUCUCUUUUUGGGCUUUCAUAGUGUUCAUUGAUGCUGCUGGCUAAGCAUGUAUCAAAGCAUAAGCUCAGUAACUGUGCAUCUGGUCUGUACCUGGUUGGUCCUUCCUCUUUGCAUGUAAGCUCUUUGAGAGGAAGGGUGAAGCCUUAUUUGUUUUUUAUGUCCCCUGCCAAGGCCUGUCUCUGACUAGGUGACAGCAUACACAUUCUUAGAUUGAGUCUGAACCAUGUGGCAGAAGGGAUAAGCAGCUUACUUAGUAGGCUCUGUCUACCCCCUUCCUUCUUUGUCUUGCCUCUAGGAAGGUGAAUCUGCCCUAGCCUGGUUUACAGUUUCUUAUAACUCUCCUUUGCUCUCUGGCCACUAUUAAGUGGGUUUGCCCCAUCACUUAGUUCUCAGGCAGAGACAUCUUUGGGCCUGUCCCUGCCCAGGCCUCUGGCUUUUUAUAUUGAAAAUUUUUAAAUAUUCAUAAAUUUUAGAAUAAAUCAAAUAUUCCAUUCUUGACUUUGACUUAUUUCUCUCAUAUUCCCACUUCCUACAAGACCUGGAGGCAAGACCCUAACCCUCCCAUCUCCCACCUUGCUUUCUCAGGUCCUGGGGGUGACCCCCAUAACAAUGGGAGGUCUGGACGCCUGGAAGAGUAGUUUGUAACACAAACCCAGACAUGUUUCUGUCUGUAGUGGGAACAUCCAAGUCUAGUCUGGAUUCCUGUAAGAGAUUAAGGGGGUGGGGGGUGAAAAGUAACUGCAGGGGCUAAGCUGUAAAAUGGGCCCGGAGCUAGGGAUUUGCAGACAUGGGCAGAGGUUGCUGACUCUGGUAAGGAAAGUGCUUUUGGACUGCCAGGAUUGAAGGAAGUCCUAGAUUGGUCACUUUGCCCUCUCUGGAAAAGUUGUUCCAAGAUAAUUUCCUUCAGAGGAAGGGAUACAAGCAGAGAAGUGGAAUCAGACAGACAGAAUGAAAGCUGAGUGUGGGGGUGGCCAGAAGCCCUGGGGCACUGAGGCAGGAUAAGGGCGGUGGGCAGAGGGAACCUGUUUCCCUAAGUCAGCAUUCUCUGGCCCCCCCCAGAGGCUGGGCACAGCUCUCCUCUUGUGAUGUAUACAGAUUAACUCAUCUUCCAUCCAAAUAAAUCUCUCAGCACACUGCACAGUUCCUUCUGCAUCCCAGAUUACCCUUCCCAUGUCAGGACUUGCCCCCCUUCCCCUACCGCUCACCCUAUUCCAAUUAGCUGGGUGUAGAUGGAGAUUUCACUUCACACUUCUUCCUCCUCCACACCUUGGCCUCCUGGCCUAGACAUGGCUCCCUGACCGCAGAAACUCCAGUAGCCAC